AUGCGUUUCGCUUCCACCGUUAAUCUUGCAACUGCCGUUGCCGCUACUGCAGCCCAUUCCUUCGACUCAGCCCAGUCUGAUCUCGACGGCUCGGUCUGGCAGUCCCUCUCGCCGCUCAAUGCUCGGUCUUGGACCAGUGUUCCCCGUAACCGUCCCACAAAGCGACAAUCAGGAUGGAACCCUCCUUCGAACCUCGCCGGUGCUCUCAAAGAAGUUUGGGACCACGAAGUCGAAACCUACACUGACGUUCUGGGCUUCAAGAACUACGGCUGGGACCAGGUCAUUGCUGGAAAUGGCCAGCUUAAUAUCUGUGUCCGAUGGGAGUCCAGUGCUUCUGUCACGGCUGAGCAGCGUACCAAGGUUGCUGCUGCUCUGCAGGACUCUUACACCAGUUGGAUGAAGUGGGUUUCUGGCUGGGACAACUUCCCUUACGAGGACGUCAAGAUCAAUGUCGUCGGUUGGGCUGUCAAGGAUAAGAGCCUCCUCCAAGGCUCUACCGACGGCAUCGAUAUCUACACCGAUACCGACGCUGAAGGCAUUCCCCAAUGCUCUGAGAAGUGUGGUCGCUUCUUUCACCAGGACGGCGACUAUAGUCAGUGCCCCGGCGGUGCUGAGCGACACUACGAUAACUCUCUCUGGCUCACCGACGGUAUGCAGGGUGGUGCUGGUGGUGAUUGGGGCCAGCGCAUCGGUCGUGAAUACUUCAUGGAACUCCUUGGCUCCAAGAACAUCCACAUUUUGCAGCAUGAGAUCGGUCAUACCUUUGCACUUGAUGACUUCUAUGACUGGACUCCCACUGGUCAGGACAAGUUCAUCAUGCUUGCUGGUUCUGCUGCUGAGGUCACCGACUUUGAUGGUUGGAUGCUUCGCAACUGGUGGUACGAGCUCUCCCGGGAGCGUGGCUGGCAAUCCGGUGCGGAUACUAAGGCUGUCACUGCUAAGCCCACCACUUCUGCUACUAAGCCCGCCGUCUCUGAGGCUGCUGCCGCCAAGCCUACUACCACUGUCAAGAAACCCGCUAUUCAGACUAGCACCGCCGAGGCUAACCCAAAGGCUGAGUCUGGCGUCACUGCCGCUGCUUAUGCUCAGUGUGGGGGCGGAGCUAGCUACACUGGCCCUACUAAGUGCGCUUCUGGCUUCAAGUGCACCAAGCACAACGACUGGUACUCGCAGUGCAUCUAA